CAUUAUUUUUAUUUCUGCAGGUUUGAUUUGUAUAAUAAACCAAUUCAAGGCAUAUAACCAGGGCCUGGUUAUCUUCUUGAAGUGUUUCUCCUUUUCUAUAUAGUAAUAUAGGUGUGUUGAACUCACUUUUUAUGAGAAUAGGCCCUCUUCAGUGCUAGGCUAACCUCCAGAAAGCAACAUGCCUCUCAAUCCUGGAAUUGACAUCAGAGUAAAACUAGAAGAUAUUCACUAUUCAGAGAAGUACACUGAUGGUCUCUAUGAAUAUAGGCACAUUCACUGCCCCAAGGAUCUUGGAAAGUCCUUGAAAGAGGUUGGCCUCAUGAGUGAAAAGCAAUGGAGAGCAUUCGGCAUCCAACAAAGUGUUGGCUGGGAGCACUUCAUGAUCCAUGAACCAGAACCUCACAUCCUCCUGUUCCGACGGAAGCUCUCAGAUGUGAAACUUUGAAGUUGAAAGGACACUAAGAGCUUUUUCCGUGGUUUCUUGGACUGUGAACCAGUAUUUGAGGGGAACAAGAGCGAAUGUUGCCAUGAGCUGUGUUCAAGACAACAUCUCCCAGACAGGAAAGGGAACAAAAUUUGCUGCCUUGUGAAGUGUGAUGAUUCUUCCUGCAUUGGUGCAUUGUAGAUAAUUUCUUCAUUUCUAUGCUCUCCCUUGUCCGUCUUCUGAUUCCUCUUCUUUUUUAUGGUGUCAUGAUUCUAAAAUAAACUUUGAGUACCGGUA